AUGGCAAUGGAACGCGGCAACGCUGACCGCAUGGAGGUGGACACUGGCGCCGCUAUCCCAGAGGAGCCCGACCACACUGACAACGACAAUGAGAGUGAGUGGGUAGACAUCCCCGAAGGGGAUGCUGCGCCACAAACUCCCGUGGCAAUGUCUGACGAUGAGUGGGUAGACAUCCCCGAAUGGGAUGCUGCGCCACAAACGCCACCUCAACUGACUGGGGUGUGGCUUGACGGAGUGGCUGUCCCUCACACUCCACCAGAAUUGUUGUUGGCACCUCCAGAGCAGUUAGCUUUGCUCGCCCCGUGGACACCUCCCGGUCCACCACCGCAGACUCCGCCUGAGGCAUAUCUGCAGCGACGAGGAAGGGAGUUCCGCUGGCGAUGGGGCUGUGCAUGA